CUUUACUUUCACUUUCCGCGAGUGCAGCGCAGCAGCGAACAGAGGAGCCUCCCUGAUGGGUUACCCACGGCCGGCGUGUUUUUAAUGCGUGACAGCUCAACCGGUGAGGAGACUAAACUCAGUGUGUGGACCUCGACCACCGAUAGAAGAGUAAUAAGAAAUAUGUGAAAAGGAAGAAGAAAAUAUGAAGUUUCAGAAAUGAAUGCCUUGGACAGCCAUGCUGUGGAAAACACCAGCUGCCCGAUAUCCGGCCAUCGCCUGCUUACUGUGCAUCGGGAGCGGCUGCUCGGCACCAUCAAGAACACCAAGUGCAUUCUGGAUAACUUAAUCCACAAUGAGUUCCUCUGCACUGAAGAUGCUGAGAUCAUUAUGCGGUCCUCCACCAAAACCGACCAGGUCCGGAAAAUUCUGGAACUGGUGCAGAGCAAAGGCGAGGAGGCCUGCCAGUACUUUCUUCACAUUCUGCAUGAAGCUUAUGAUGCUUACUUUGACCUGAGGCCCUGGUUUAAGGAGAUUCACUACCAGCCACUGGAGGACAUUAAGAAGAUACCCGUCCUGAACACAGAUCCGGUGAGCAAGUACUGUGAAAAGCUCCGAGACGAGCUGGAACGAGACACAAAGUUUAUCAUCUCUUAUACACAAGGAGAGGAGAUGCUGCUGGACGACAUGUACACCGACACCCUUAUUGAAAUAAUGAAUGAUCGCAAUGAGAGCCUGGGCUACCUGAACCACAUAACGGACCUGUUUGGAGACCACGGUGUCUUUAAUGAGCAUGCAGAGACCAUCUUAAUUAUUGGCGAUGCUGGUGUUGGCAAAUCCAUUUUGUUGCAAAAACUGCAGAAUCUGUGGUCUAGAAAAGAGCUAAACAUUGAGGCCAAGUUCUUCUUCACGUUCCGCUGCAGGAUGUUUGGGGUCUUCAAGGACACAGACAACCUUUCCUUAAAAGAUCUCCUUUUUAAAUACACGUGUUAUCCAGACAAAGAUCCCGAUGAUGAGGUCUUCAGAUACAUCAACCACUUUCCAGAGUCGGUUUUAUUCACCUUUGAUGGCUACGACGAGAUCCAGUCCGAGUGCGAUCUGAGCAAAUUUCCUGAAGUGUGUUCACCUGAGGAGAAGACUCAUCCGCUUCUUCUGCUUAUGAACCUCCUUAAAGGGAAGCUAUUAAAGGGGUCUAAAAAGGUCCUGACCGCUAGGAGUGGCACAGAAAUUCAGCAAAAAGUCAUCAGAAAGAAACUCGUCCUCAAAGGGUUCUCCAAGGACGGCCUUACAUUGUAUGCCAACCUGCACUUCAAGGACAGAAGCUACCGCACCCUGGUGCUGAACCAGUUGGACGCCAACCCUUACCUCUGCAGUCUUUGCUCCAUUCCGCUGUUCUGCUGGAUCAUUUUUAAAUGUUUCAAAUAUUUCCAGGCUGUCUACGACCAAUGUGAGCUGCCUUCAAUGUAUGUGACCCUCACCAAUGUCUUCCUGCUGAUGACUGAAGUAUUUCUGAACAAACGGAUUCAUCCUGGCCCACUGAAGAAAAAUAACCGGUGCCAAAGUGAAACCUUCAGGUUGUCAAAGCAGACUUUGAUUGGUUUUGCCAAGCUGGCGCACAAGGGAAUGGCGCAAAGCCGCUUCAUCUUUGACCCGGAGAGCAUCUCCACCUGCCACAUUGCAGAGAAGGACCUUGGCUUGGGCUUCCUCCGACCCGUCGCUCAUUACGAUGGAUGUGGAGAACCGUCCACCUUCGAGUUCCUUCACUUAACCCUCCAGUCUUUCUUUACGGCCUUUGCCUUGGUGGUUGAUGAGCAAGUCGACUCCAAAGACAUCCUGAAAUUUUUCACAGAAUGCGAUUACAGCAAGUCGCGGUGUUUUCCAACAUUCCCAUCUACAUCUUGCCUGAGCUCUUCCAAACCGAGAGGAAAAGACCCGUUUCAAAACAACGAACACUUCCAGUUCACCAACCUCUUUCUGUGUGGUUUGCUGUCCAGGAGCAGCGUUAGCCUCCUUGAGCACGUAGUGCCUCCCAUAAUGCUGAGAAGGAAGAGGGAGAUGUUAAAGUCGUUUCUGUCAGACACUGUGAAGUAUCAUUUGAAAAGCCUGCCGCGCACCAAAUCGGAGCAGGAGGGCUACAAAAUACACGGCAUGCCAACUUUUAUUUGGAUGCUCCGAUGUAUUUUUGAGACACAAAGUGAAGAAAUCGGAAAACUGACAGCAAAAGGUAUUUCAGCUAAUUACAUAAGACUGACGUGCUGCAAUGCGUAUUCUGCUGACUGUAGUGCCAUCAACUUUGUCUUGCAUCAUUACCGCAAAAGCAUCGGGCUUGACUUGGACAACAACAAUGUGAAUGACUAUGGCGUAAAGGAGCUCCAGCCAUGUUUUAGCAAGUUGUCCGUUCUUAGAUUGUCUGUUAAUCAGAUCACAGACUCCGGAGUGGAGGUCCUGGCUGAAGAGCUGGUCAAACACAAAGUCAUCAGCGUCCUCGGACUUUACAAGAAUCAGAUCACAGAUUAUGGAGCUCGCAUGGUAGCGAAGAUAGUAGAGGAGUGUCCAUGCCUUCGAAUUUUGAAGAUUGGAUACAACAGAAUUACAAGUGAAGGAGGAAAAUAUCUUGCCAGUGCAAUCCAGAAGAGCAAGUCCAUUUUUGACGUUGGAAUGUGGGGGAACACCAUAGGAGAUGAAGGAGCAAAAGCCUUCGCUGAAGCCCUGAAGAAUCACCCAAGUCUAACGAACCUAAGUCUUUCUGCAAAUGGAAUUUCUGCCGAAGGAGGAAAAAGCAUCGCGGCUGCACUGAGGGAGAACUCGUCAUUGCACAUAUUCUGGCUUUUGCAGAAUGAACUGAAUGACGAAGCGGCUGAAUAUUUCGCUGAAGCAAUUAAAGUGAACCGAGGAUUAACUCACUUGUGGUUAAUUGAGAAUAAAAUUACAGUGAAAGGCGCCAAGCUGCUUGCCGAAGCUCUGAAUGAGAACAGCUGCCUCAAGGAGGUCUGUUUGAAAGGAAAUCUUCUGUCCAGUGAAGACGAGAAGGCGUUUGAAACCCAGAAAAGACUGCUCUUCAACUGAUGUCACCAGCAGGUUUAGUGACCAGCAGACGCUGCUGGCACAGCUCGGGUACACAGCCCACCACAAACUCGCCAAGAGCGUCAGGGCUGUGCAAGGAGACAAAAUGAGACGACAGCAACGGCCGGCUGGGCCAAGAAGCGAAUCUUGUGGUGCGAGUGACGGACCUACAGGCUCGCAGGACGCUUUCUGUGUUUGUCGACGAGUGAACUUCAACGUGUGAGACCACCAAAGGAGGUCCGGCAGGCGGGCACGGCAGAGCCUCUGAACGUGGAGGGCUGGGAAAAGCAACUUUCAUUUUGCGUGGCGCAAAUCCAAUCAGAGGGCACAGAAGGGAAUAUUGGUGGCACUUGACGCUGAGGGCCAGUCGUGCUGAUCGACUCUUGUCAUCGUCGUCAUUCGUGAGUGUUGGUAUUCACCGUUUACGUGUCACAGAGCGGGUCGUUACUUCAUCUUGGGGCACUGCGCCUUGGUUCAGACACUUUGAUUACCACGACAAAGCUGCUGUCUGCACUGGCCUGCCACACUUGUGCUGUGCCACUCUACUGGGUGACAAGAGGGGGGGACAGCGGCCCUCACUCGAUGGCGCCAUUCUCGACAUUUCCGUACUAACAAACAGCAUGUGUCGUUCCCACGGUGACACGACAAGAGGGGCAGACAGAGGAAGGACCCCCAUCUUUAUAGCUCUUAGUGGCACUGAUUACUUGUUCCUGUUCUCAUUAAUCAGAGCAGAUCAGCAGGAUCUUCAAAGAGUUCACGAGUCGCUUUGUCCUCCGUUUGUGUUCCCCAGUUUAAAUUCUUUAUUACAUUGAAGUGUCCAUUGGUCUGUUGUCUCAGUUAUGUGGCAUUUGCUAAACGAUUUUCAACAGCACUGCUAGUCCUUGGGAUGCACCGUCUGUUGGAAUGAAAAGUGUAACUUGUUUAAUUACAGCAUGUUACAAAAUACAUUCCAACAGAUGGCGCACCGCAAGUGUUAACGCUGGACAGACGUCACCUAGAGGGUCUCGGACCUCCUAUCAGCGUAUUGCUUAUUUAUUUCUGAUAAGUCGGAGGGAUGACGACGCUUCGGUUUCCAUGUAAAAAUGGCCACUCUGCACUAUUCAAUGAUGGGUGACACUUCUGUGUCUGUCAUGUCACAGGUGAAAGGGGGCGCUCGAUUAAUGUCACGGUCCCUUUUUGCCUGGCGCCGAUUGCAGGAUGCUGAUUUAUCAGAGAUUGGCUUGAACUAUAAAAUCAGAGCUUUUAGUGACACGUGCGUUCAUCAGGCCCGUGUGAGGGCGGCCUUCACGGGUUGAUUGACGUCGUUAUCGGCCAUUCGAAAGGCUGCUUUUAUCUUGUGGACUUUUCUGUUGUGUCAAUCAAAGACAUUUGAAAGGGAGUCUGAGGCAGUGCCAGCCAGUGUGCCCGUGUCAGUGCCAUCUUUGAGUUUGUUCAGGGUGAUUUAUUGGUCACGAUUUCUGUUUGUUGUGCUACAAAGCGUCACAAGGUGACUUUCACAACAGCAGCUGAUCGAGAUGCGCCCUUGUCAGGCAAUGAAGGGCAGAAAGAGUUGUCUAUGCCAACGUCGCUUCCUUGGCACCGACUGCACAUGAUACGUGGGUUAUUUGUAUGUUCGCUCUUUACUGAUUUACUUGCACUUUGCAUUUGAUUUCUGUACAUGAAGAAUUUCUAGGGCCGGUCCUGUGUGGUGAGAUGGCAGUGCCAGAGCCGGGGCUGGCGCAGUUUUCUGCCUGCUGCUGAGUUGUGCCCUUUGGCAAAUGGAAUGAGCGCCUGCUGUGAUGGAGAAAGACGGCAGACGUGCGUACGCCGCGUCACGGGAGGCGCUUUACGUGUUCUCGUCUGCGUGUUUGUUUUAUGCUGAAGCCUUCAUUUCGGGUUUUCUGAUGUGCAGAAUUGAAACCUGCGCCCGUUUGCUGCUUUGAGGGUUUUGUUUUAAUGGUCUUCUCUGUUGCUGAAUGUCAUUUUGGAUGUUUGUUGUAGCAGCAAUUGCUGGAUAGACGGGAAAUGCGCUAUAAAACAGGCUUUUAUUGUGCCACCUCUCUGCGGUGCCAGAUAAGACAGAUGGCCAGAGGUUCAAGUGGCCUUAUUGUCACCUGCACGGAGGACACGCCGCCACUCCUCGGCCACAUCAUUUAGGAGUAGAGCUGCUUUACCGUGAAAUGCCCGUCUUCCUUACCCCCGUUUAGAAACCCAGGGGCAGCACUCAUACUGGAAAACGGGCGCCACGGACCUGCUGAGACUUUUAUUGCUUUCUUGUUGUGUUUUUUUUUUUGUGAUAAGGUCCCGUCAUUUUGUGUUUUUGGUCUUUGCUGUCCCUUAGCUUUGUGACGUCUCUCUGUAAUGGCAGCCCAGGCUGAUGUCGUACUGCAGAGCACCUGACGUGAACAGAAAGCUCAACUUGUGUCGAGUCAGAGGACGGUAAAGCACAAGGAUAGGGGGCUACAAGGAGCGGGCACACGUCAGACUUCACAAGACGUCUGGCCUCCAGCUCCUGAUUUAACGUCACCAUAAAUAUCUUACAAAUGCGUUUGCUUGGCUGUGGUUUUUUUGUUCUCCACUUUAUUUAUCUUACACAGCGCCCUUCAUAACUGGCACACAACGGAAAGCCCAAACAGAAGAGCACAGGACAACCAAAUGGAGUGAUGCCCGUCGCUCAGACUUGGAGUGACGGUGACCCAUCAGGAGGAGCAGAGCUGGGGGUCUCCCACAUGGCACACAAGGAGCAGCAAUGACUGACGGUCCUGGUGUGGAUCAGCCAUCAUGGCACCUUGGCAGCGCACCUCAAGAGUGACACCACAAGGAUGAUGAACUGAAAGGGUAGGGGACACGAGCAAAUCGGCUCACAGACUCGCAAGACCCCCAGCUAAGACCCCUCUAACUUUAUUUUUUGGUGUAAGUUGACAUUCUGGGGUCAAACUGACAAGGCCUAGAAAAGUAUAAAAAAAAAAUAUAUAUAUAUUUCAAUUGAGAAAAAAAAAUAAAAUGGUGUUUUUGUUCAGAGACGCACUUUGUACCAAUUUGUGGAUAUAAAAUUAACAAAAAGUGACAAACGUAUAAUGAGGUGGGGGGGGGGGGGGGGG